GAACUCGACCAUUUUACUCUCCCCGAUCCACAUUCUGCCCCCAUCCCCGUAUUAGGCGAGCCGUUCGAAGAUGGACUCGGAUGUAACGAAUGUCGAUACGUAGUGCGAAAUAUCAAAGGAAUACAAGAGCACUACCGCAAGGAACACGGCUGGUCGAACGAUCGUAAAAGAGGUGGACAGAAGAAACACGGCAACCAUUACGUAGCAGUGCCGUGGAGGGAACAUGUCCGAUGCCAGCGCUUUUUUCCUAACAGGAAGGCUAGCCAGUACUUUGAGGUGGGGAGAAUCGCUGUGCUUACCACGCCGUCGAGAUCGCUCGCCAUUCGGUCGCCCGCUGCAUCGCCGGCCAGCAAGGGACGUAUGAUCUUCGAGAAGACCAGUCUUCAAGUUAUAAACGUAGCCGAGGAGAAGUUGGAGCCCAAUCCAUGGGUACGCCGUGUAGGAUGGGCGAGGCAUUUGCAGGACUUUCUCACGGACGACCAUAUGACGAGGCUGCGAGAGUCUAUCAGCAUACCUACUACAAAAGAGCCGAAGCUACAGGUAAUAUGGGAAAGCUUUAUGCGUAUGAUCCACGAUGCACAAGACCGGGUUUGCGGUUUGGACAGCGGUGCAACGGUGUUAUUUGAGAUGUAUCGGGAAACCGAAGUUAAGCCAUUAACCCCGUUCGUAGCCACUAUGGAGAAGGACUCGUGGUCCCGGUACUGCAUCUUCGUCGGCCAGAUUCUCAUGUAUAUUUUCAGGACACAGGAAUGGAGGGAUGAGGACAGGCCGGCAUAUACGCUUACAAGGCAACAAGGUAACAUCUUCGAUCGACUGUCCGCUAUCGUUGGGUCCAGUAUUGAUAGUGUAGGCGAUGCGGACGAUGCAGAUGUAUAA